AUGCUUGAGGCAAUGGAGAGUUCCGUCCAUGGCGGUUUCUCUCACUUGCAGAGUUGUGGUGACAGUAGUGAAGAGGAGCUCUCUGUGCUUCCUCGCCACACCAAGGUGGUGGUGACUGGGAAUAACAGGACCAAGUCUGUCCUUGUUGGUCUCCAGGGCGUGGUCAAGAAGGCUGUGGGGCUUGGCGGGUGGCAUUGGCUGGUUCUUACAAAUGGCAUAGAAGUUAAGCUUCAGAGGAAUGCCCUUAGUGUGAUUGAAGCUCCUACUGGUAAUGAGGAAGAUGAUGACCUUGAUUUUGAGAAUGUCCAGUGGAAUGGAUCAGAUAUGGCGUCUGAUGACACUCAAAAGUCCCACAGAUCAAGGCAAAGAGUGCAUAAAUCAUCUGGAUCAUCUCACAAGACUAUGUGUAGAACUUUCUCUUGUGACUCUCAAUCUAAGGGUUCUAUUUCUACUCCACGAGGGUCCACGAAAAUUGACCUUGGCAAACUGGAGAUGGCUGCUUUAUGGAGAUAUUGGCGACACUUCAAUCUUGUGGAUGCCAUUCCCAACCCAUCGAAAGAGGAACUCAUAGAUGUUGUUCAGAGGCAUUUCAUGUCACAGCCAAUCGACGAGUUGCAGGUCAUUGUGGGGUUUGUUCAGGCUGCGAAGAGACUAAAGACCGUCUGCAAAUGA